AAAAGAUGAUCAACAAUAUCACCAACAAUCACGUACAACGUGCUACCGACGCAAUUAAUUAACACUCACCGUCAAGCAUUACUUUUUAAUUCUCAGUACCAUAAAACAAAAAUAGCCGCAAUUAAUUCAAGAUGCAACCCACUUCAAGAAUCACACACUUGAUCAUUUUUCAACUGUUUCGAUACAAAAAAGCAAGCCAUUGCUAAGCACUCAGCAGUUUUAAGUUUUAACUUACUUGUUUGUAGUAGAUAUGAGAAGAUUGAACAAGAAUUCCAACGAUCUACCCAAGAUUUCAGAUCUUGAUAUUGUUCGGGAUCAACAGACCAGAUUUGGGUUAAACCCUUUGAAGUUAAUGGGGGGUUUUGUUGUUUGCUUGAUGGGUCUUUCGGUUUUGUUCUCAAUUUCUGUCAUUUUAAAGGACUUUAAUUCAAAUAGCAUCUUGACUGUUGCUGAUGCUGCUAGGGUUCUUCAUGUGGCCCCUCCUAGAGAUUUAGAACAAGAAGAUGACCCGUUGGCGGAGUCUGCGAAGCACAGCGAGAAGCUAGAUUCUUCAAGUUUUGAGCACGACGACAAGCUACUUAACGGUCUUCUUUCUGGUCAAUUUGAUGAAGGAUCUUGCCUCAGUAGAGACCAAGUAGCAUCAUACCGUAAACAAUCACCGUACAAACCUUCUUCUUAUCUUGUUUCUAGAUUAAGAAGAUACGAAGCCCUUCACAAACGUUGUGGGCCCAACACAGAAUCCUACAACCGAUUCGUAGCAAACCUAAGGGAUGGUGAAAAGUACGAAGAAUCCCCAGAUUGUAAGUAUCUGGUUUGGGUAUCGUAUAGUGGGCUUGGGAACAGAAUUUUGACUUUGGGGUCGGCUUUUCUCUACGCGCUUUUAACAGAUCGUGUUUUACUUGUUGACCGUGGAGUUGACCUUGAUGAUCUCUUCUGCGAACCGUUUCCCGAAGCUUCGUGGUUACUUCCUCUCGAUUUCCCGAUAAUUGAUCAAUUCAAGAGCUUGAAUCAGAAAUCCCCCGAGUGUUUCGGUAACAUGUUAAAGACUUCAAACGGUUCAUCACCGUCACCAUCACGUUAUGUUUAUCUUCAUCUGGUUCAUGAUUACAAUGAUCAUGAUAAGUUAUUCUUUUGUGAUCAAGAUCAAAGCUUUCUUCAAAACGUUCCGUGGGUUAUCAUGAAAUCCGAUAAUUACUUCGUCCCGUCACUUUUCUUGAUGCCAACUUUCGAACAAGAGCUUCACAAUCUCUUCCCAGAAAAAGAAACGGUUUUUCACUUCGUCGGCAGAUAUCUGUUCUUCCCGACGAAUCCGAUUUGGGGACUUAUAACAAGAUACUAUAAUUCUUAUUUAGUGCAAGCGAAUGAAAGAAUCGGGAUCCAGGUCAGGGUUUUUGACACCCGACCCGGCCCUUUUCAGUAUGUUCUGGAUCAAAUACUCGCUUGUUCUUUAGACAACAAUGUUCUUCCAAAUAUUAACGCAAACGAAUCUUUUAUCACCUCAUCACCCGGAAACCAAAAGUCAAAAGCUGUUUUGUUGACUUCUUUAAGCUCCGGGUAUUUUGAGAAAAUACGAGACAUGUACUGGGAACAUCCGACAGUAACUGGUGAAGUGAUUCAGAUCUUUCAACCGAGUCACGAAGGGUAUCAACAAACCGAAAAGAAGAUGCAUCACCGGAAAGCAUGGGCGGAAAUGUACUUGCUAAGUUUGACCGACAAGUUAAUCACUAGCUCAUGGUCAACGUUCGGGUAUGUGGCUCAAAGUCUUGGAGGGUUGAACCCAUGGAUCUUGUACAAACCCGAGAAUGAAACGACCCCGAAUCCCGCUUGCACUCGUGCCAUGUCGAUUGAACCGUGUUUCCAUGCUCCACCGUUUUUCGAUUGCAAGAAGAGAAGCGGGACGGAUACUGGAUUAGUAGUCCCUCAUGUUCGGCAUUGUGAAGAUAUGAGUUGGGGUUUGAAGCUAGUUAAUCCAAGCGUUAGCAGCGUAGCUUAGUGCCACUUUAUAAAUUUAUUUAUCGAAAUCUUUGUUGAUGUAUGUUCAAGGGGUUAUGCGAAUACAUUUUAUGGUUUGGUACCCUUUUGAUAUGUGUAAUGUUUUUUGGAAUGAUAGCUAGUGCUGUAAUCGUUUUGUUGGGCUAUUUGUUUCAGUCACAGUAUGCAAUGAAAUUGGGGUGCACCAAUGCGUCCUUAUCUCAUUAUCUGUUUUGUCUUC